CGGCACGGGGCGGAGCAGCCCCGGCGGGGCAGUCAGCUGACGCCGCCGCCGCCUCACGGGACGGCGGGCCGAGGAGCGCCUUGUCCGCCGCUGCUUCCUGCUUUCCCGCUGCCGGCCGUCAUGCUGCGGCUGCUGCUGCCGCUGGCCGGCGUGGCGGCGCUCCUGCGGGCCGCGAAUAUACCCCAGAGAAGUUUUGGGAUUGAUUAUGACUGCAACUGCUUUGUCAAGGAUGGGAGACCUUUCCGUUACAUCUCAGGUAGCAUUCACUACUCACGGAUUCCCCGGUAUUACUGGAAAGACCGCCUGUUGAAGAUGAAGAUGGCAGGGCUUGAUGCCAUUCAAACGUAUGUGCCAUGGAACUAUCAUGAAUCCCAGACAGGCAUAUAUAAUUUCUCUGGUGACAGAGAUUUAGAGUAUUUCCUGCAGCUCGCUAAUGAAACUGGCAUGUUGGUGAUCCUAAGAGCUGGACCUUACAUCUGUGCAGAAUGGGACAUGGGAGGUUUGCCUGCAUGGCUGCUGGAGAAGGAGUCUAUUGUUCUCAGGUCUUCUGAUUCAGAUUACCUGGCAGCUGUAGGGAAGUGGAUGAGUGUCCUUUUGCCAAAGAUGAAGCCUCACCUCUAUCAAAAUGGAGGUCCAAUCAUCAUGGUGCAGGUAGAGAAUGAGUAUGGAAGCUACUUUGCUUGUGACUAUGACUAUCUGCGUUACCUUCAGAAGCUCUUCCGCCAGCAUCUUGGGGAUGAGGUGGUGCUGUUCACAACUGAUGGUGCAAGCAAGUGGUACCUGAAAUGUGGAGCUCUGCAGGGUCUUUACGCAACAGUGGACUUUGCCCCAGGUGGCAAUGUCACAGCAUCAUUCUUAGCUCAAAGAAGCAGUGAACCUACAGGCCCUUUGGUUAAUUCUGAGUUUUAUACUGGAUGGUUGGAUCACUGGGGGCACCGUCAUUCUGUUGUGCCCACACAAACAAUAGCCAAAACCCUUAAUGAAAUCCUGGCAUGUGGUGCUAACGUUAACCUAUACAUGUUUAUAGGUGGGACUAACUUUGCCUAUUGGAAUGGUGCUAACAUGCCCUAUAUGCCCCAGCCCACUAGUUAUGACUAUGAUGCUCCACUGAGCGAAGCGGGGGAUCUCACAGAAAAAUACUUUGCCUUGCGGGAAGUCAUUGGUAUGUAUAACCAGUUACCAGAAGGCCUUAUCCCUCCAACAACACCGAAAUUUGCUUACGGGAAGAUUCCCUUGCAGAAGGUGGGUACUGUGGUGGAGGUUCUUGACAAACUAUCACCUGCUGGACCAGUGAAAAGCACCUACCCCUUAACCUUUGUUCAGCUAAAGCAGUAUUUUGGGUUUGUACUGUACAGAACUAUGCUUCCAAAAAAUUGUACGGAGCCAACACAACUCUCUUCACCUUUAAAUGGAGUCCAUGAUCGUGCCUAUGUCUCUGUGGAUGGGGUUCCUCAGGGUGUCCUUGAAAGGGGUGAAUCACUUACGAUAAAUAUAACUGGGAAGGCUGGAGCAAAUCUGGACAUCUUGGUAGAGAACAUGGGCCGAGUCAACUUUGGUCGAUACAAUAAUGACUUUAAGGGUCUAGUUUCAAAUUUAACUCUUGAUCAAGAUAUACUUGUUGAAUGGGAAAUCUAUCCUCUAGACAUAGAUGGAGCAGUGAACCAUGACAUUAAUGGCCAGCCUGAGCAAUUAGAGAGAUCUGUUGGUAAUCCAUCAAGUUAUGAAGCACCCACAUUUUACACUGGUAGACUUUCAAUUCCUGGUGGGAUUCCAGACUUGCCUCAAGACACCUACAUCAAGUUUCCUGGCUGGACAAAGGGCUGGCUCUUAACUUGAGAGGAGUGGGCUGGGGACAGGCUGACUGCCAUGGUGCUUCCUCUGCAUGGUCAAAAGGAAUGAAGCUACACUCUGGAGUAGAAGGUGGGUGUCUAAUUCAGCCUCAUGUUGUGGGAGGGAUUACAAUGACCUAAGCACCAUGUGAAAACAAACCAAUGAACUUUUUUCACUUUUUUACAAUUAUUUAUUUUUGGCAUCACUGAGCUGAUUUUCUGCCUCCCCUACCCUUUUGUGAUGGUUUAGAGCAACUGGAUGGAUGACACAGACUGGCCUUCUGUGGAACCCUGAUGUAAAAAUGUGGGUUUAGGAAUGACUCAACUUUGUUUCACUCAAAUGUCUAUCUGUCCUGUUUCAUGGUUCAAUAGGUUUGUACAUAUAGUCAUUCAUUGCUUGGAAACUCUUGUUCAGCUAAAAUGACUCCUUUGGUCAAGUGACAUUUUGAAAAUCCCUGCGUUAUUUUUGUCUGUCUUUAAUAAUAUUCUCUUACCUUGUCAUUUUUCAUCAGCAGAUUUCAAAGCCCUCUUUCAAAAGAGGGGCAACAUUGUCCACUCUAGGCCAGUGUUUGCAGGAGAAGAGGUUUGUUUGGAGUGGCAGAAAGUAGAAAACCAUCCAGGCUUGGUAAGCCCGAGUCGCAGAACAUGGAAUCCAGAGCCCACCACUGAAUGGUGAGCUCCCCCUUGCACCAAAUGAAGCAAACCUGCACUGAGCACAAGUUUCAGCUCAGUUGCUCUCCCUGCACACGUUGAGUAGCUGUGAGUAUUACUGGGAGGACUGGGGGAGGUUCUUUGGACAGAGCAAUCAGGAUAACAUGCACCCAAAGGAGAUCUCUGGCUGCAUCAGGCACUCAACACCAAGUGCACAUAUGCGCAGGGUGUGAGCGGAGUGGCUACUAGAAGUGUCUGUUAGCUUCGUGGGGAAAAGGGGCUUUACGCUAGCUCUGUUUAAAGCAAUGUUGCACUGCCUGCUGGGUGCGGCCCGUUGAUUCUACACAUGAGUGGAUUCAGCGUCCUACCCUGCUGCAGCAUGUGUGCCCAGAGCCGGACCAGCCUUUGAGUUACUGAGUGCUUGGUGCCAUUCCUCACGGCCGCUCUUAGCCCCAAAUCUUUCUUACUGAGGAGUUACGGAUAGCCUACAGCUUGGUUUUUGCUUGCUGACCAUCAUUUAUACUAGUUGCCAUCACACCAGCACAAGCAGCACUUUCCCAGGCAAUAAGCAAGGUCUUUCACCAGUUCUGGUUCUUCCAAAAACGCCUGUUUAUUCUUACUGACUAGAGGCAUUGCAGAGCGUGUCCAAGAGAAAAUAACGGCAGAGUGCUUUCUUGCUUCCAAGUGCUUAAAUGAUCAUAGCUUAGUAAUUCAUAAUGCCUCUGCCAUCAUUGUCACAUCUGUGAGAAGAAAUGCCAUGCUGGCUUGGGAGGGGCGUGUUGUCAGGCUCAGUGACAUCUGUGACACUUUCCAGCACCUGACACUUGCAAUUUGCCUUGCUCUUCCUUUUCAAAACAGGCAAUUGAUGAGUUAACCAACCCCAUGAGGCUGUUUUUCCUAACUGAUUUAUUUAGUGGCUUGUAAUGUACUGAAUGAUAAGAAUUAACAUUCUUUUUCUUGGGAGGGAGACCAUUUUCUUAGUGCAGGUAGCAUCUUCAACAGUUUUUCUCAUUAUCUGCAUCAAUGUCUGAUCUUUGCAUGAAGAUGUCAGCAUCAGUGAACGACUAAUGGUAAUGCAUUCCACAAAUUAGUUAUGACAGAUAUGUGCGCGUAUCAGUAUUUAAGCAUGUUGCUCUUUAUUUUCAAUCUGUAUGUUGUAUCAUGUGAGAGAUCACGUGGACGCAAGCUUCCGUUUAUGUUUUGCUCUUUAGGUUGAUCAGAACAAUGGCAUAACAAUAUUUUUAUGUUUCUUCUCCAGCCCUUCCAUUAUGCAUUUGAACAUCUUGGCUGCUAUUUGUAGCCAUCCCUGAAUGCUGAGCAGGGACUUUGUUAUUGCUAGUCUAACAAAGAUCAAAGUCUUCCUACUGGGUGGUUGUGGUCCAGCCAAAAAGACACACCAAAAAUAUGUUCCAAGAGAAGUUUUUCAAUUUCUACUUUGUCUGCUACCACAUUAAUGAUUUUUGCCUAACUUUUUAUAUUUCUGCCAAAAUUCUCUUGUGGCUGAUUUAAAUAUUGCUGUGUGAGUUCCCUUCCUGUUCCAGACUUCUGAUUAAAACCAUGUAGAUGUGUGAGAAACUACUGGGGCAUCACACUCUUGGCCUUUUGCUCUGUUGUCAAAUACUACUGUUCUUUGUCUGGUUUCUGAAUUGACACAAUCUCUGGUUUUACUUUCUUUUGUUUUGUGAGGUAUGUCUCCAGUGAAUGAAAAUUGAGUCUAGGUGCUAAGUAUGUUUCAAAUGAAGAGCAUUCACUUAAAAUAUAUAACCAAGAUACUUCAAAUUUAUUCAAAUGUAUUCGCACAAGCUGGAAAGUAAACUUUUAAAACAUUUUAUUCAAAAACACUUAAAACAUUUUCUAUGUUCAUUAAAAUACAGAAUGGUCAUCCUGAAUUACAGCAAUUAGGUCAUUCAAAAUGCUUACAUACAUACCUACACAUAGGUACAUAUGGCAACUUGAAUACCUAAGAGAAAACAUAUCUAUAUUUAUAACACAAUGUAAUGCAUUGGCUUUGAGUCGUCGUGCACCUAAAGAGUACGCUUUGAGUGCGUUUUCUUAACAAGAGAGGGUGUAUCCUCUCCCUGAAAUAAACAUUUAACAGUGGCAGGUACAGUAACAGGUUACUAAGAGUUUGAAUGAACAAGUUCAGUGCAGAUCAAUUGCAGAAUUAAAAAAAAAAAAAAAACAAAAAACAUGGUAAUAACCGUCCUUCUCCUUAAAUAAACAAAGAUGUUUUCCAAAUGCACUUGCUGUUGACAAGAAGCUCACUCUCCUCUGCCUCUCCAUGCAGGCCAGUUGGUGAAAAAUAAGAAGCACAGCACAGUGCUUUGCAGCAAGUUGAGGCUGCUAUUACAUCUGAGCAGUGACUGGUAAUUGUAGCAGGUAAAAAUUGCAUGUCCAUCUCCUAGGUUACAUAUCUAGGACACCUUCUGUUAUUCUGUUCAGAAAAUCUAGAGGCAGAAGUCAAAGCUGAAGUAAGUUAUUAUGAGGCACUAACUUACUGUAAAAUGCACGUACACUUGCUUAGCUUUUUAAAGUUUCAGCUUUUGUCAGUUUGCUUUCUGGUAGGUUCAGCAUUUGGUCUGAAACAUAUUACAGAGCAUCUUGGUCCCCAGUAGACUGUGUGUGAAAUGAACUGGUAGAUUCAGUGUGGUAAGUGAUGUGAAGUCCACACCAUUUGCAAAUAUCUACAGGUAAUGGCCAGUUCAUAAAGAGCAUCUUUAGGUACUUCUUGAAUUUUUCCCCCAUGAAGAAAUAGAUGACUGGAUUGAGGCAACAGUGAAAAAGGCCUAGGAUUUCUGUUACCUGGAAAGCAUAGUCAAGAUUUCUGCUCACUUGACAGUUUCUAAAGACUCCUGUAAUUUCCAGGGAUUGCAAGAAAAUCACAAUGUUGUAAGGGGUCCAAAAGAAGAAAAACACAAUCAUGACAGCAAAGAUCAUCCUCACAGCCUUAUUCUUUUUCUCAUUUCUACAGUGAACUAAUGUUUUAAUGAUCAUGGAAUAGCAAAAUGCCAUCACUAUAAAAGGGAUUAGGAGCCCUAAAAUGUUGAUUUCCAAAGUGGAAAAGAGUUUCCAUGUUGUGAAAUUGCCUGGAUAUCUUGGCUUGCAGGUAGUAUAAUUUUGUUCCUUAAAAGAUUCUCUAAAUAUAAGUUCGGGAAUUGAGGCUGAAAGAGCUACUAACCAUACAAUAAGGCUAGUAAUCAGGCCGUAGAAGGCAGUUCUUGCUUUCAAGGAAAACACUGCACGAACAAUUGCCAAGUAUCUAUCUAUGCUCAUAAGCAUAAUAAAAAAUAUGCCGCUGUAAAACCCAACCAGAUAGAUCCAUGAAAUGAUUUUACACCAGGGUGUUCCAAAAAUCCAUUCGUCUACUGUGAAAUAAGACCAGAAUGGCAGGGAUAAAACAAAGAGCAAAUCUGAGAUGGCGAGGUUUAGCAGGUACACGUCAGUCAUGCUUUUCAGUCUCUUGUAUUUGAACAGGACCACAAUGACCAGAAUGUUUCCCAUUAGCCCAACCAGGAAUACGAGCAUAUACAGAAGAGGUAGAAAGGAGGCUGCAAACCUCUUGACGCUUUCCUUACUGCACGGUUUUGGAGCGUCGUUAUAGUUUUCAUAAUAGUCAUAUAAAGUUGAGAUUUCGACUUUAAAGGACUCUGUACUUGAGGAACUCAUUUUUCCCCCAGUUCCUGAGAAUGAAAGAGUAUAAAAACAUCAGUGACUUUCAGUUCACAUAGACUAUAUGGUUACUCCACAAGCUUCUAUCACGUUGAAAAGAAUGUAACUAGCAAUGACUGCCUUGCAAUUCUAAUGCAGUUUUCAUUGCAGGCUCUUAAAUAAUGUUUAAGCAUCAUGGGAUGCAUAUGCAUACUUGCAAAAAUACAGUUCUAGCAUGCAUGCACUCAGUCCUUGCAACACUGUGCAAGCGUGACAGGUCUAGAACACUGUUCAAGCUGUAGAAGGGAAAGCAAACGGGAAUGAAAGAUACAGACCACAUAUAUCAAAUCAGAGAGGGAUAAAUCCUGUGUGGAAUAAAGUAAAAAGCAAAGCCACUAUUCAUAGUGGUUAAGGGUUUCACCCAUCUUUUCAAUCAGGCAAACAUUACUGAAAGAAGACAGUAAUAAAAAUGCAUCUGACCCUUCCUUCUAAUGAAAUGACACUUACUGAAGGGUGACAUCAGUUUUCAGUAAGUGCUGUCUUCAGGGGCUACAUGAAUAACAAGAAUUUAUCAUUUUCAUAUAUAUGCUGUUCUCUAAUGGGCAGAAACAGAGUUUUAACUGAUGUUAUUUUGAGGUUGCCCAGAUCAUACAAUAGACACAAUGCAAAUAUGUUGCUCCUGUAUUUGUUUUUCACAUCAGAGCAAGUGUCAUUCUUUAACCUAAUAUAUCAGAAUUUUUGCAAAUGUGAGUUAUGUCCUUCCCCUUUUGUUUUUAUUUCUACAAAUGGGGAAAGCAGAGGAAGAGUGAGUAUCAUUGCUUUAUUCGUCUUGCCACUGUAUAUUGCUACUACAGAACAGUAAACGCUGGCUAUCAUUAACCUGACCCUGCCUGUGUGUAGUCACAGGCAUGACACCUUUCCAACCUAUGGUUCUGUUACAUUACACACAGAGAGGAAUUUAAUCUCAAUUACAAGUCACUGAGACCGUAUAGGGACAAAACUGUUCUACACCAAUGGUUUAGAGAUGGCAGCUCUACAGUAACUGUGUGUAAACAUAUUUGAAUCUAAUUUAGAUUCAGAAUGGCUAUCCUGCUUAAGUAUUUUAAGCUGAACACAUACAUACACAUACAACACACGUACACCCACUUUUGAUUAUGCAGAAGUUUUGAAAACUGCUAUAAAAAUUAUCUGAACAACAAAAGGUAAAUGAAAAAGCACAUAACUCUUUGCAGUCACACACAUGAUAAGCGUAUAUGAUACACAGCUGUCUCUGCAACUGCAUUUCAUAAAUGUUACCUUUGUCCCCCCUUUUGUCUCAAUUGAUGCAAAGAAGCUUCUUUGUUCUGAUGAUGAAGAAUCACUUGCUUCUCACCAGGUAGCUUGGUCAAUGAGGUGCUGCCAAGACAGUGAUACCCAACAGUUGCAAAAAGCAGCUGUCACUAGGUAGCUGUCUCUCAACGGAAGCUUUGUACUUCCUUACAGAUUGUACCACAAGUACUUCUCUCCUCAGUGCUCACCCGAGAAGGUCCUUUAAACUCAGAAAAAAUACCAAGUGCAUCUUACAAUCUGUAAGGAGGUACAAAGUUUCCACUGAAAGCUUGAUUACUGAGGUAAAAGAAAAAGUAGUUUUAUCUUACCCAAUAAUCAUUAAAAGCAGAUGUCAUUAGGUAGCUGUCAUUUGCCAGAAACUUUAUUCUUCCUUAUGGGUUUUAUGACACAUCUUAAACUCAGAAAAAUAAAAUUUAAAGGACCAUUUCUAGUGAGUAGAGAGGAGAAAAGCACUUGGUUUGUAGGAGGUGUGUUCUAGACCAUCUAGAUGAGGCAACUAAUUUUGUAAGUUACACUGUGUAAUUGUAGAAGAAAAGAGCUGUAUAGAUUUAGGAUAGGGAAGUCUCCUUUCAUUCAUUCUUCUGUGACUUUCCUAACCUCUGCUUAUCUUCCAAAGAAACCAAAUAAAGGCAUAUUAAUUCACACUGCCUCUUUGCUUGGUGAAGGAUGUCUCCUGUAGCAAGUUUUAUAUACAGCAAAGCUACUCCCUACCACUGACCUAGCUUAAAUGGUGAUAAUGGUCACACUGCAAAAUAACAAAUAAUGAAUAGUAUGGUGGUGGUGGUGGGGGGGGGGGUGUAGGAAGCUCAACACUUUCUAUGAGUUUCCCAGAAAAUGCGAUGGGCCCUGUUUGUCUCUCUCUGGAUCUUGGGAGGAGGGGGGAAGGGGUUAAUUUUGGAAGAGCACUGAGGAUGUGUGCUAUUCAAAUGGGAUGGUUUUGAGUCCCUACUGCAGAACAGCUGUGCUAGCAGCUGGCAAAGAGGAGAGAAUAGAGAGCCGGCUCUCAUUUAUAUCCCUGAAAGGCCAGCCAGAUGGAAGUGAAAGCUGUUUCUUAACAGUGGAGACUGCUUGCUUGUUAUCAGAAGAAACUACAGAGUCAUGAUGAGAAGUAAAAACAAAAAAGGUAUAGGAGGUGGUUGGAAGGAGAGAAAGAGUCAUAGAUUUUUAGUCCAGAAGAGAUGAUAUAUCUUCUAGGCUAACCUCUUCUGUUUUUCUGAACACAGGUAUAGAUUUUCAUUCAGUUAUGCUAUUUAUUGCUAUCUUAUGUGCCUCUGACAUUGUUGCUAUGCACAGUAACAUGUUUGGCUGAAGUGUUUCUUCCAGAAAAGCAUCCAGAGUUCAUGUGAAAACAACGUGAGAUGUGAGAUCCACUGAUUUCAUGUUUCUCCAGAAGAAAAUAUUUGUAUGGGAAGUAGCUUCUCAGUCAUCUUCCAUAAGCUGCACAGAUGGAGAUUUUUUAAACUAGGAGACUUUCCUUCAGUGCAGGUUAUUUUUCUGCAGAUCAUGUAUGUCUUCUCUUUGGUUUGCUAACAGUCCUUUGAAGAUGUGGACAUCAGAUGAACAGGCAAUGCUGUGAUGCCAGUUUCAUGAGUUCUGUUCACGGAAGUGAGAAGCUGGGCUUCUUGCUGCUCUUUUGUCCAUGUAAGGACCUCAUUAAUCUGUGCUUUGAUCUGUUGUUGCAAGAGGGGGCGUAGGUUCAGUUCUUCACCCACAGUGGCAUAAAACAUUUCUCUAAGCAUCCGCUUUUUAGGAGGAAACACCUCCUGCUCUGUAGGUUUUGCCCUCCGUUACCUUUCACUGUAACACUUUGGCCUCAAUAAAUGGCCAUGCAUUUGCAUGUCUGUCUUGUCCCACUGAUAGUUUUCUAUUCCACCAACCUGGAUGGCUUCUUUGAAUUCUAUCAGUGAUGAUUUUUUGUUGAUUUCCAGAUGAAGUCGUGAAUAAAAUUGAAUCUAGACAUGAUCCCUCUUCUACUCCAUAAGAACCCUUCUUGGUUAAGGCAUGAUUUCUCACCAUCAGCAACCUUUAGAGGUCUGUCCGCUUGUCCUUAACAUAUAUGCCACACUUCAGAUAUGCUUCUGAUUUUUCAGUCAGAAUGUUACCAGAAACCAAGUCUGCAGCACUAUGGAUGCCAGGUUAACACAAUUUGUAUGACAUGAAGAAGGGGCCUAUCUGGCAUAUAUCCUUUCCCUCAGAGGAAAGACUCUCAAAUCAUGAAUGCUUCUUAAGCAACUGAAUGCACCUUUCUGUAUCUGCUCGCUGCCCUGAGUGGAAAGCUGGGCCACUGCCACUGUAGGAGUGGGGUGGGAAGGGCUCCGGUGUGGAGCAGCUGUGGUAGGAGGGAGAAGUGGCUGGCCCACAGUGGCUUGCAAAGCAGCAGUGGCAUUGCAGAAGCCUGCUAUAUCAAUGCAUUUCAUGUUACAUCAGUAAAUGAGAAGUGCCCUCUUCGUAAGAAGACUUUGAGGAAGAGCGUGUCUUCAGAAAGAGAAAUAAUGGAAGAAGAGGAAUGUUCAGCCACAAAAAGAGAAGAGAAACUAUGGCUAGAAAUGAUGAAAACUUAGGAUGUGUGAACUUCAGAAAAAGUAUCUACCAGUUUAUGAAAAUCAAAAAGAUAAAAAUCAACCCAGAGGCACCUUCUGAUAGCCUGCCAAUGAAAAGAGUACCUGGGAGAGCCUGUAAGGAAAACUGAGGAAAAGAAGAAAAGCCUGAAAAAAGAAACAAAGCUCUGAGCAAAUUACAGAAUGCUGAAAAUGGAUGAAAGGUGUUGUGAGUGAAGGGUGUUCAAUGGCUUAGAGAGAAGGAAGAGUAAAAGGACUAAGUGUAACUGUGGUCCAUAAUGGAGGAACUCUGAGGUCCCCUUCUGAUGUGGCAAGGUAUAAUAUUUCAGUUCCUACUCAGAGAAGAAGAACCUGGCAGAGAUUAACAGAAGGGAUUUGCCAUUAACCCAAUGACAUGAGACAGUGACAUUAAAAGGAAAGGGAGGAGCGAUCUCAAUGAGAUGUAGAGAAUGUUACUGUAAAAAUAACGGGUUGGCAGGGGAAGAGGAGAAGAAAGAAGAGGUCUUGCCUAUUGCCUGGCUGGUACCAGCUAUGUGGCAUUGACCAAAUGAACAGAGUAUCAUGACACGACAGGGAAAUGAACCAAAGCCUGGCUGGGAGGAGACUAAAUCUCUAUAUGGGCAAGUGGAGGCUACAUUAAACCAGCAGAAGGGAACUUAAUAAAAACAAAAAGCAGAGCAACCCAUACCAAGAAAACCUCACUUCUCACCAAGAGAAGAUGUCAGCCACUUCCCCUUGUUAUGGAAAGCCUUAUCAUUAACUUGUCAUUUCACAGGAUACACAAGAGGCUGCCCAAAGGAAUGAUUGGAGAGGUAUGCUUAUCUAGUCCGCUAGCUGGACCUGUUGCUGAGAGAUACUCACCAUUGACAUGCAAGCGCAUGAUCUAUUCCCUGUGAUAUCAGCAUUGGCUGGUACUAGAUGUUUCAGAGGUGUUUAUUAUAGAAGUCUGUGUCUGGAAGAGGCUGUCGCUGGAGAGAGGCAGUAACUGAAGGAAGAGAAGUAUUGCAAAAAUCAGUAUUUUGACAAGUACAUGGUUCAGACAGCCAAAGUCACAGUUGCACAGACAUUUACCUUACUCCAGAGCCUUCUCCAUCAGAUGGCCAAUGCCUUCUUGUGUGAUCAGGCCUUGUGCAGUUUUCUUGCAAUUGAGUUGAAUUUGAAUCACUCAGUUUGUAUCGUUGUAAUGCCAAUCCUUACUUGUUAGCAAGGUAUUUAUGCCAUCUAGUCACUGUGUAGUUAUCUUCCUGGUAGUUUUCAAUUUAUGCCAAACUUACUGUGCAUUACUAAAACGGCAGCAGUCUGAUUAGAGAAGUAAAAAAGGAAGUGAAUUAAUUUCUUAUUUGUAGAGACAGCCAUCAUCUACACUGUUUUCCCAGUGCAUUUGUAAUUUCCCUGCAAACUUCUUGAACAUUCAAAUUUCCUGUGCCUAAGAUGGCCGUUUGUGCUGACAAGCAUAAGAUUUAUGUCUAAAGUGGUCAUGACUAUUUUCCUUGCAUGACAACAAUGCAAUUCCCUAUAUCUUGCAAUUCCCUAUAUCUUUUUUCUUUCUUUCUUUUCUUUUCUUUAAAUUGUCCGGUCCUAUUCAUUUUGCCUUUUGUAUCCACUGGCAAUUUUGUGAAGUGAUACUGGCUGUCAUUUUUCUCAGCCUAAUUUGCUUUCUUUCCACAUGUAGUGCUUGCAAAUCUGCUAUAUUCAGAACUCCUCAUAAAAAAGAACUGAAACUUUAAAUCUUAAGCAUGACAGAAAGUCUUUGUUUAUGCUGAAUUUUACUUAAAAUAAAAAUCACUGAUGCAAAAAA